GUUUGCCAUCAACUGCCAAGGAGAUCGUUUGUGCGCUUCUCGCCCAUCGUGUCAUCGUGUUGUCGUAAUCGUCGUUGGAUUGGAUCGCGUGUGCGCCAUCGAACUCGCCCUCUGGGGGGUGGUGCUGUGCUGAGUGGGGGAGUUGGUGUCUACUUGGUGGCUCAAAGAAAGGUGCCCUUGGCAAAACUGAUUGCUCGUGAAAACAAAGAACCGGAACCUGUCGCCGCAAAGUCCGUUCGUUGCUCGGUCUUCUGUCGGCCGUACCGCGCUGCUGCGGUCAUGCUCCGGACCUUGAGCGCUUAAAGCCCUGUUUCUUCUGGCAGUAUCGAAAGUGAAAUUGUCCGUGGCGGUGUGCGAGUGUAUGUGAGUGAGUGUGUGCGAGUGGCGGGAGAAAGAAGAUAAAAUUCUCAUCAACCCGACUUGUUGCAUUCGAGGGGCCCUAGGCCUUCCUUGUGGGUUCAUUGUCUCCCCGGUCUUUGUGACCACUGCUUGCGGACCAAAAGACCCUUCCGUCAUCGGCCGAAGAUUGGAACGUUGAUGUGUAAAAAAAUAAGAAGCAAUCUCCGCUAAUGGCUUUCUUUCGAGUGCAUUCAGUCAGGUUAAUAAAAAGAUAAUGUAAGCCCAGCCAGCCAAGAAGUAUUCAGUCUAAACUCGACCCGGUGUGGCACGCCUGUACGUAUAAUAUUACAAAGGUGAAGAAAAGUGAAAAAAGUUUACACCCGAAACAGCAAAAUAUGACCUAAUUGCAUAACGAACGAGCCAGGCGAGAAGUAUACUGUUGCUGCUCUUUUUUUUCGGGGGUGGAAAACAGAAGAAAGCCCAGACCGUGUCGAUUCUUCUUCCUCGUGCUUUUUUUUUUGUGGGUGUUUUCUGGGCAUUGUGUUUUGGUGUCGGCGGUGCAAACGAUUUCGUAAUUUGGCAAUGAAGAGCGGUAAAACGGUGAAGAGAUUGGUGAUAAAGUGGUGGCAAAGGGAGAUUUCCCAGAAGAUGGUCUUGCGCAAUAGUGCGGCUUGGGGUCGUAGACGAAAGGGAGUGCUUCAGUGUCCCCGGUUUCGCGGAACCGGAAUGGCUCAGAUCGUUUCGCUGGUGGUGCUGUUUUGUGUGGGAGUGGUGCUGACAGAAAGGACUCCAUCGCCUCAGCAGGAGCAGGAUAUUCUGAUUUUGGACGCCCUGGGGAAAAGGCAAUCGUACGGAACGAGCCAGCUGGAUUAUGGAUCUAACUCAAUUAUGGAUCUUUUAGGGAGAAUGAUCCCCCAGACGUGCCGGCACAAGGGCCGUAAGUUCGAGUGUGGCCUAUCGAUUUCGUGCGUUCUGGGUGGUGGCAAACCGAUCGAUCUCUGCUCCGGCGGGAUGAUCUGGUCCUGCUGCAUCGAUCGGGACUUCCAGCAGCAGGAUCAGGAUCCGGAACUGGGCGCCGUCCACAAUGCCAGUGACAUUAUCAAUCUGUUCGAUUUCUAUCCAUCACCGUCAUCUUCCUCGCCACACUCUUCGAGCUCCGGUGGUCACCAGAGCCGCCCACCAAUUGCAAAACCAUCCCAGUCCCCGAUCUACUCCAACUCCGGGAGCUACCACUCCAAGCCACCGUACCAUCUCUAUCCGGUGACUAGCACCAACGCACCCGAAUGGAGCUACGAAAGCAAUCACCUGGGUAGUGGCUUGAACUCGGUAUUCCCACCGCAGAACCACCACCGGCCACAGCCUCCGGUCAACUUUGGCGACGAAAACCAGCAUGGACCCACGGCCAGUGCCAUCUACAGUGAUCGACCGUUCAGUUUCGGAACACGACCCACGGCCAGCGGUUCGAUCUUCAGCAGCACCGGUAAUGGGGGUUCCAACAGUGCAGGUCCCAUGGUUCAGCGACCGUCCGUUUUCAACUUCCAGGGGCCAGGUUCCAACCAGCAAGAGGACGACGGCUAUGGAAUCGAGAACGGUUGUGGCGAACUGUACACCAGAACUAACCGGAUAGUGGGUGGCCACUCGACCGGUUUCGGUACGCACCCUUGGCAGGCGGCACUGAUCAAAACGGGCUUCCUGACGAAAAAGCUCAGCUGCGGAGGAGCUCUGGUGUCCAAUCGAUGGAUCGUAACGGCGGCUCACUGCGUUGCAACAACUCCAAACAGUAAUCUGAAGGUAAGGCUGGGCGAAUGGGAUGUUCGGGAUCAGGACGAACGAUUAAACCACGAAGAGUACAACAUUGAGCGGAAGGAAGUGCAUCCCAGUUAUUCGGCGAGCGAUUUCCGGAACGAUCUUGCUUUGGUGAAAUUGGAUCGCAAAGUAGUCUUCCGGCAGCACAUCCUGCCGGUGUGCCUUCCACCGAAGCAGACUAAAUUGGUGGGCAAAAUGGCCACCGUCGCUGGAUGGGGUCGAACGCGACAUGGUCAGAGUACAGUUCCUUCGGUGCUGCAGGAAGUGGACGUAGAGGUGAUACCGAACGAGCGAUGCCAACGGUGGUUCCGGGCGGCUGGUCGGCGGGAGGUUAUCCACGAUGUAUUCCUGUGUGCCGGUUACAAGGAGGGAGGCCGCGAUAGCUGCCAAGGCGACUCCGGUGGACCGCUGACGCUGUCGUUGGAUGGACGCAAGACGCUGAUCGGGCUGGUGUCCUGGGGGAUCGGAUGCGGACGGGAACAUCUACCCGGGGUGUACACCAACAUCCAGAAAUUUGUGCCUUGGAUCGAGAAAGUCAUGGGAAAAGAGUACUCCUAGGUGAUCCAAUCGUUGGAGAGUGAGAGAGUUGUGUAAAUAGUCAAACAAACUAAAAGUAGUAGCAUUAGGUGUUGAAAGUAAUGAACAAUUAAAACAAAAGAAAAUCUCGAUCAUUUACGGUGAUGUAAAUUCAACUGUAUACGCUGUUAUUGAAGCGCAUUAGGGAGUACGUAU